AUGGACAGCACCGAUUCGUCGGCCUCGCAGCCGCAACUCCCACCGGGCUUCCGGUUCCACCCAACCGACGAAGAGCUGGUGGUUCACUACCUCAAGAAGAAAGCCGCCUCCGCUCUUCUUCCCGUGUCAAUCAUAGCUGAAAUUGAUCUUUACAAAUUUGAUCCAUGGGAGCUCCCAGCUAAGGCUGUGUUUGGGGAACAAGAGUGGUAUUUUUUCACUCCUCGGGAGAGGAAGUACCCGAACGGAGUGAGGCCAAACCGGGCGGCAACUUCUGGGUAUUGGAAAGCAACCGGAACCGACAAGCCUGUGCUCAGCUCCGGCUCCAGUGGGAGUCAGAAGAUUGGUGUCAAGAAAGCACUUGUUUUCUACGGUGGAAAGCCUCCUAAAGGUGUCAAAACCAAUUGGAUCAUGCACGAGUAUCGCCUAUCAGACAACAAAUCCAUUUCCAAGCCACCGGGUUGUGACCCGACCCACAAGAAAGCCUCCCUAAGGCUUGACGAUUGGGUGUUAUGUCGAAUCUACAAGAAGAACAGCCCACUGAGACCAGUGGAUCAUGAAAGGUAUGAUUCCAUGGGCGAUACGUAUGCAACAAUGCCAGCUUCAACGCCGGUAAGCCAACAGAACCCAAAACAGCAAGCUAUAAAAGCAUAUGGCGCAUUGCUUGAAAAUGAGCAUAACAUGUUUGAAGGGAUAGUGGGCAAUGGUGGUAUCAACAUCAACAACAACAGUGAAUACAUCUCUCAGUUGCCCACUUCAAGCUCAAAUCCACCGCUUCCAAUGUCUAAACGCACACUCACUUCGCUGUACUGGAACCAAGAUAGUGAAACUGGCUCUGACUCGUCCAAGAGGUUCGCUAGCGAUGAAGGCACAAUAAAGACACAUGAAAACAUGAAUGCUAUUGCCACUAUGCUCAGUCAGCUUCCACAAUCACCGUUGUUGGGGUCUAUUGCAGAUGGGGGCUUUCGACAACAGUAUCAACUCCACGGCUUGAAUUGGUACUCUAAUUAA